AUGUCGCAGGAUUUCACCCCCAACCUACAGCAUGCUCGCAAGCUACUUGAGGAUCUGGAAUCGCAGAUCGACUCGUUUCCUGUAGAGAAGCUGAUGUAUAGGGCACCGAUAAUAGAUAGAAUCCGAAAUGAAUCAUGGGAACAAGAAGAGAUUAUGGGAUUGAACAAAUGGGUUGAUGGAGUGAUACAUCAAGCUAAAGUACUAGAUGCUAUAAUCGAAUCUGGUAUUCCACCGAAAGAAGAUCCAUUACCUACUGUAUUGAACUUGAUCACAUUCUGGAAAAUCAUCAUCACGUCUCAGACUCCCAUAGUAGGUGUGAGGAUGGCCAUGGGAGGUGAGAAGCGAUUCAACAACAAAGUCAAUAAUCCUAAUGGAAAUGGAAAUGAAAAUGGAAGUUCGAAAAAUGUCACUGCAUUUGGAGGGUAUAUCAAGAAUAACGGGAAGAAUCCAGUUGCCAAGGGGCUUGGAAAAGAAGUUUGGGUAGAUGUCAUUUCUAAAGGAGGUAGAGAAUGGACGAGGAUAUAUAGCAAAAAGAUCUCACAUUUAUUAGCAGAGUUUAGGGAAGCCGAUUCAUACAUCAAUUCAGACUAUGAUUCUGAUUCUGAAUCUGCAUCUUCUUCUUCAUCAUCAUCUCCAAAUAAACACAGCUCUAAGGAAGAGACCAAUUCGUUACUUAUAACCGCUAGCGAAUUACUACGUACAGCAAGUUCAGUAGAUCGAAUACCAGGUGCACCGAUUCCUGCACUUACAAUUCACUUAACUCGGAUACCUUCUACUCCUGAAGAAUUUUACCAUGAUUUUCAAUCUCCCCACCCAGCCAAAGGAGCAGAGGAAGAGGGUGACGAGGAACAUGUAGAAUGGCCAGAUACAAGAAUACCAUCCACGUUCCAAAAAAUCCGAGAUAUGGGUAUAAAUCUUGUGUUUGGUGAUCUGUCAAAUAUCGAUCUCUCGUCUGAUAAACUUAAAGGGAUCGAUCUACCUGAAGAGUCUAUACCCGCUAUGAGACUGAAUUUAGAUAUAACAACCCUAAUGGGAUUAUGUUCUGAUGUUUUACACUACACGUUACCUUCAGGUAAAGCAGAAGCCGCACGAAGAUCACUUAGACCACCUGGACAUACCAUAGGUAACGGUUCGAUACCCAGAGGUAGAGAUGGAACUGGUAAAGGGAAAGGUAAAGGUAAGAUCAAUAAAGAGGAAGAAGACCAAGGAGAAUCGGUCGAGUUGAGAGGUCAAAGUCAAAAUUCAAGAGAAUUGUAUAACUGUAUAUUAGAAGAAAUGGAAAGACCGUUUAUCGAAGAAUUUGAUCAAGUCAUUCGUAAAGCUUGGAAAGAUCAACAACUCCGAACUCGAUCUAAACCUUCUCAAGAUGUUUCAAAAAGUAUUGAGCAUAUGAGCAUGAACGAUGUUGGAGAUUCUGAAAUGCCUCAGGUGGAAUUCUGGACAACCCCUCAAGCAGCUCAAUAUACGUAUGAAGCCUUGUCUUCUGGACCUGCCCAUGGACAUGGGUAUGAACAAAGAAGAAUGAGAAGAAUGUUAGGUUUAGAACAAGGCGAUUUCUUCGAGGAAAGUAGAUAUCAGGGAAAUGAAGGUGUCUUGAAAGGAUUUGAAGUUAGGAUAUUCGAUCAAGAUAAGUUCGUUGCAAGAUCAGUCAAGGAGGUUUUAUCAGAUCUUCCUGUCAUAUCAAAAGACAAGAUUGAAAUACCAAAGGAGGAGUAUGAUUUGGAAGAUAGUAGGGCGAGUGGGAAGACUGGAUUCCAUAGAACCUUGACAUCAAUCACGAAAUUGUUCUUAGAUCAAUACUAUGCUUCUGCCUCUGCUCGUUCGAAAGGAAUCCCAACUUCAAUAGCGAAUUUACCAAACUUCUUACAACCAAAGAAAAUACCGGCACCGCCUAUAGCAAAGAUAUCAUUACCUUUCCCUGUGGUCUCGUUACAUUCUUUACAUAGGGGUGCGAAAGAAGGUAUGACUACUAUCAUGAUGGGUACUGCUACGUUGAAGGAAGUUUGGGGUCAAAAUCAUUGGAGAGUAAGAGGCUGGGAGAGAGGUUGGUACGACUGGGAGGUGACUUCGAUCUCUGACUCGACUUUACUCGCUGGGAAAGAAUCGCCAGCAGGAGCAGAUGUAAAGCUGGGGACGAGGGAGAAAGGUCAUGCAGCAGUAAUGAUAUUCCCUUAUCGGGUGUUUGGGGAAGGUAAGAGGGUAAGAUUCGAACAAGGGGAUUAUUCGUAUCCAACUAAGGAUCAGUAG